GCCGACCCCGCCGGAAGCAGCCGCGCCCCGCCCGGCAGGCUGUCCCGCCCGGAGCCCCAGCCUCUCGGGGUCCCGGCCAGCCCAGCGCGGCGCGCUGUCCAGAUGGCGGGCUGCGAGGAGGUGAGCGUGUCGGGCUUCGAGGAGUUCAGCCGGGCGGUGGAGCAGCACCACGGCAAGACCAUCUUCGCCUACUUCACCGGCUCCAAAGACGCCGGGGGCAGGAGCUGGUGCCCCGACUGCGUGCAGGCUGAGCCUGUCGUGCGAGAGGGGCUGAAGCAUAUUAGUGAAGGAUGUGUGUUCAUUUACUGCCAAGUGGGAGAGAGACCUUAUUGGAAAGAUCCAAAUAAUGACUUCAGAAAAAACCUGAAAGUAACAGCAGUGCCUACACUACUUAAAUAUGGAACACCUCAAAAACUGGUGGAAUCUGAGUGUCUUCAGGCCAAUCUCGUGGAGAUGUUGUUCUCUGAAGAUUAAGAUUUGAUGAUAGCAAUUGUGUCUUGAUUUCCUGAUUUGCUCUAGUAUAAAGGCAAUUGCACACUUGCUUUGAAUUUAUGUUAGCAAUAAAUAAAUGAUGUAAAAAAGUGA